AUGUCUAACAAUAAUAAAAAUGAUACUAUUGUUAAUCUUGAUCAACAAGUACUUACAGCAGAACAAAAACAACGUCUCAUAAGAAUUUCUGAUGGACUCAAAGAAAUGACAUCACUUAUGGAAGGUGUUAUUAAGUUUCUGAAUUUUCUUGGCGUGUUUUUAUGCAUAAUAGUUUUGUUUAUUAUUAUGUUUUGGAUUAUAAAACAUUGGUAUUAA